AGAGAGAGAGAGAGACACCUCGCAAAAAUCAGCCUUCUUCUACCUUCGAUCGACCCGUCGGAAAUCAGCCUCACCUUCGCGGCCAGUUGCUGGUUCUUCCCCCGCCAGCCGCCGCCAGGUUAACUUCCGUGCUUUAAGUGGGGGCAUUUUGAAGCGGGAGGCUGGUGACUAGAGAAUGGAAACGGCCAACAGCUCUGAGGAUUUAUCAUCACAGCUGGAGCUGGAUGCAUUCCGAUGCCUUUUCCCCUUGCGUUUUCACGAGCGUUAUCUUGCUGAAUCUAUACGACCUGAUGGACGAGCACUUGGGGAAGCUAGACCUACAACAGUCGUGCUUGGCAGUGUGGCAUCUGCAGAUGGAUCUUCACUGGUAAAGAUUGGUUCCACAACAAUGUUGGCUGCAAUCAAGAUGGAAGUCAUGACUCCAACUGCAGAAUCUCCUGAUGAGGGAUCCAUAGCUGUUGAAUUCCACAUGCCUCCAAUUUGUUCUUCUCUUGUCCGGCCUGGCAGGCCUGCAGAGGCAGCUCCAGUAAUUUCGAAACAACUAUCCGAUACCAUCGCUAGUUCUGGCAUGGUUGACUUGAAAGAACUGUGUGUGGCCAGUGGGAAAGCUGCUUGGAUGGCCUACCUGGACAUAUACUGCUUGGACGCUGAUGGUGCGCUGUUUGAUGCUGCAUUACUUUCAGCAGUUGCUGCAUUUUCACAUUUGGGAAUUCCUGCAGCUUCGCUAAAUGAUGACGGGAGAGUAGUUCUUGGUUCCAAAAACAAAAACAAAAAGGAGGUUAGAGAGUUGGAGAAUGAGCAUGCCUUUAAAGAAGAGAAGAGAAAACUGCAUUUGAACAGCUUUCCGUUCUCCUUGACAUGCUUACUCCACAAGAAAUAUAUCCUAGCAGACCCCACAGCCGAGGAAGAGACUACAAUGGAAACCGUUCUUACCGUCGUAUUGAAUUCAUCUUACCAACUCGUAUCUCUCAACAAGCCAGGGGGCCCCGUCCUGGCCAACACUUCAGCGAUCCAGGAUUGCAUUGUAUUGGCGAAGAAACGAGUCAAUCAACUAAAGAGCAUACUGAACGAAGCUAUGUCUGAUAUGGAGGUGGACUAAAGAGUAUGUAGGCUCAUUGUUCUUUUUCCUAUCUACAAAUUAAAAGGUUUGUUUAAAAGUGUUUGUCGUUAACCUUUUAGCAUGUGGAAUGCAUACUCCAUAUAUUUCAGAAAUAUAUGGAGGGCAUACUCCAUAUAUUUCAAAAUUAUGUACCCAUUUUUGCUAUCUCUUCAUUUUUCAAUGGUUAAACAAGAAGGCAAAUUCUUCGGUGGACUGUAAGGUUCAUGCAUCUUAGUGUA